AUGUUACUCAACGAGCAAUAUCCGAUAUUUGAUUUGAACAUAUCACAUACUCGAAAAAUAUUGGUAAUGGGGUUGAUAGAACAAUUAAUAUCAAUGAAUGUUAUGGUUGAAGAAAAGUCAAAUAUUUUUAAAAAAGCAUUUCAAAAAUGUUUUAUUAGUACUUUUUAUUUUGAUAGAAAAAUCAAUCCAAUAGAGUUAGAUGUGUUUACCAAUCACACCAAAGAAAUUUGGUAUAUUGAAGAUAAAAAACUACAUAAACGUGAAGAACUUGUUAAUUUGAUUAUGAAAUUAUAUAAAUCUAUAAAAGAUAACACAUUUGUAUUAGGUGAUGAAAUGUUAUCAAAACGCUCUGGUAUAAUUGAUAUUUAUUGUAAUUAUUUAUCAAAGAAUCCUGUAAAUAUAGAUCUUGAAUUGAUAAAAACUAAAGUUAAAGCAAUUUGUGAAAAGCUUCAGGUGAAUUAUACUCAAAAUAUAUACACAGAUCUUGAUUCAAUAUUGGAGAUAAAUAAAAAAUAUUAUACCACUUUAAAUAAAAAAGAAUACCUGUUAAUCGAUUUUGAUAAAAUAACACAUGUGGAAAAGGAUUUUUCAAACUUUGUUGUUAAUAAAUUCAAAUUAUCCAAUGGAUAUUAUGAUUUUUUCAGUAAAGAAUAUAAAAAAAGAUAUUUAAAAAGCUUUUUCGAUACUGUAAAUGAAUAUUGUAAAUACUUAAGAACAAAAGAAUCAGACAGUGUAGUAAAACCUAGUCAGAAAGAACCUGGACAAAGAAUAAAAUUCUCUUCAAUUGAAAGAUAA